UUCUUUUUCUCUUUUUUUCGUAAUUUUCACAAUUUUUAGUUAGAUGAGAAGAAAGUAUUGAUGGCUUCUGCAGCUCGUAUUACAGAAAAACCAAUUGCUCAUCAAAAUCAGCAGCAGCAGCAGCGGCAACAACCGAUCUUGAAAUGUCCGAGAUGCGAUUCUUCCAACACCAAGUUUUGCUACUACAACAACUACAGUUUAUCACAGCCAAGGCACUUUUGCAAGGCCUGCAAGAGGUAUUGGACAAGGGGUGGCACCUUGAGAAAUGUUCCGGUGGGUGGUGGCUGUAGGAAGAAUAAGAGAACCAAGAGAAUAUUGACCACCACUAUUACUACUAGUCAUGCUGCCACCACCUCAGUAACAGUUGGUCAUCAUCCUAACCCUACUUCUAACCCUAAUCUUGAUCAUAUCGCUUCUUCCACACACCCAGAUAACAACUUCAACCCCUUGUUUGGGUUAUCAGAACAGAACUCCAAAUACCCAACAUUCGAUACUAGGGUUUCCCAUAUAACUGAUACUGAUGUUACCAAGUAUAAUCGUCUUCACCCUCAUAUGAGUGCUUUCGGGUUAGGGUUUUCAUCACCUGAUCCUGGGGCAACUGUAGUGGCUAAUCAUGCUCACGAUUCAAUAUCACUUGUUUCAAGCUACUCCUCCAUGAUCGGUGGUGGUGCCACUUCUACCUGCACUACUAAUCCUAUGAUGGCUUCAUUUUUAGCUUCCAGCCUUCAGCACCAACCAAGAUUUCUAGGGUUUGCACCCUACGGAGAUGGGGGUGGUUCAGCAGUGAAUGAUGCUCAAAUGGCAGGAACCAAAAGCAGGAUGGACUGGAAUAAUCAUUUUGAUGGUCAAAAUCAUAAUGAUCAAAUCAAAGCCGUAGAAUCAUCUGAUCCAACUUUUUUGUGGAACACAAGUACUGGUGGUGAUGGUGGAGAGUGGUUUGAUCCUACAAGCAAUAUAUGUUCCUCGGUUCCUUCCUUGAUCUAGCCAAAAAAACCAAUUUUUAUUGUGUUUCCUUCCACUGGUUUUUUCUACUUAAUUGGCCUUCCUUCUUUUAUUUGCUUCUCCGGAAUAACUUGGUCAGUUUACUUUGUGGAAAAAAGCACUGAUGGGAGGAGAUUGGAUCGGAGCAGUCAUGUCAUCUGGCAAAAGAGAUUUCAGCCUUCCAAUUUUUUUAGUGAUCAAGGUUGGAAAAGCAUUACUGAUUUUGCGCUUAGAGGAACCUCGGAUCCUCUCAUCUUUUCGGCCCAAGUGUUCUCAUCAACCAACUCAAUCUACCAUUGAGAAACUGGGUGCAACAUCCAUGAUCUGGUGAGUUUGUUCUUUCAUUUUCUUUUGUAUAAAAGUAAUUCUGCUCUAUAUCCUUAAUUAUAAAUUGUGUUUGGGGUGCACGGUAGGGUUUACAGAAAGCAUAAGUUUCAGACAUCAUUUCAAGGCUUUUCGGUUUGGGUAUAUUGGUAUAGAAAAGAGGGAUAUAUGUUCAUUUUGUGGGGAGUUUGAAUUCAGAUAUCUUAAUUGUUCCUAUUGGGUAUAUGUUGGAUGUUAUAAUUUAUAAUCAUUUUAUUGAU